AUGAUUAUAGGAUUUGCUUCAAAGCUACAAUCAUCGUUGCUCCAAAUAUCAGGCUACAAGAAACUCUGUUUGGCUGUGGAAGAGCUCAAAAAACAAGUAUAUAAUUCAGACAAUAAAGAACAUGAAGAGCAAUUAAUGGAGCUCUGGAAUUUGUUAAUGCCCCAUGAAAAACUGAAGGCCAGAAUCACAAAGCAGUGGUGUGAUAUUGGUUUCCAAGGUGAUGACCCUAAAACAGACUUCAGAGGAAUGGGAAUGCUAGGAUUAACUAAUCUUCUAUAUUUUAGUAAACAUUAUCCUCAUGAAGCUCGUCGAAUCCUUAUUCGUUCAAAUCAUCCAAAACUUGGAUACUCUUAUGCAAUCGUUGGAAUCAAUUUGACAGAGAUGGCUUACAGUUUGUUAGUAAAAGGACUUUUAAAAAGCCACUUUUACAACUUGGUUCCUGGUGCUCCUCAGCUGAACGAUUUCCAUCAAUUUUACUGUUAUUUGGCUUACGAAUUUGACAACUUUUGGUUUGAAGAGAAACCAGAGAGUAUUAUGUACUUCAACCAGUAUAGAGAGAGGUUUCAUGACAAAAUCAAAAGACAACUCCUGGAUUAUGAUGUGGUCCUUGCCUUAAAAACUGAAAACUAGAAAUGUGUGAUUCUUUGAGUUCUGUACAUAAAUAUUAUGCACUUGAUCGAAACUCUGGUAUUCAACCAAAAACUCCAUUUAUUGCUCAAAGGUUUAUACAUCCAUUAUUAUUUUUAUAGAAAAUAUGCUUGGACAAUCAAUACUUAUUUAAGACUGAACACUGUACUCUAAAGAUAAUUUUUUAAUAUAAAGAUCCUCAUUGGAUCAUAGGACCUCACAUUUUUUCUACACUUGGUAGAAGGUGUAAAAUAAUCGUUGAACUUUAUCAUGUUGCUCAAUAAUAGCUUCAUAUUCAAAUUUGAUUGAUGUUUGAUUUACAGAAAAAGAUGUUAUGAUACUUCAUUAAUGGAAAAUUUGUUCUAGAUUUUUUAUAUUGUAUAUCUUGUUCUUUUCAAAUAUGGAAGCUGUAGUAGUCUAUUAUGAUUUGGAAAAGAAUAUAUAUCAAUAAGUAGUAUGUUACUUGAAUGAAUGAUAGCUGUCUUUAUUGUCCUUAUUUAGUCAUAUUCAUUAACUGUUUUAUCUCCCUUUGGAUGUGUAUAGAUAGAAACUAGUAAAUUAACCUUUUGUUUUAAAAGAAACUUCAUACAUUGCCAUAAAAAAUAAAAUAAAAUAAAUUUUGCCUGUAUUGUACUACAGUUGCUAUCAAAUAUCAAUCUCUGUCCUCCGUCCCUCAGUUUUUUCAAUUAACAACAUUUAGGUUUAGGACGUAUAUAAAUUAGAGUAUUAGAAUUUAAAGUAUUUAAUAGAAGAUAAUCAAUAAUUAGUGCAUUCUUUUUUCAAUACACCUUAUUGAGGACUACAUAUUGGAUAUAAUUCUCAGACAAUCUAGGUAAUAGAAUUGUACUCACGUUGAAAAUCUAUAAUGACUUUUAAAUUUUUUUUCUAAACUUUGUAUUUAGUCUUGUUGACAUUUGAGAUGGACAGAAUGAUCAAGGUUGUUAAAGUGCCUUUUACUUACAGCAAUUGAGUAUCAUCCUUAGAGCUUCUAGGAUGUGCCUAUUACAACAUUUAAUACUGGGAUUGGGCAUAUUUAAUCUUGCUGACUAGGAUAAAAAAGUAUGUGCAAAUGAUAUCAUCAAUCCAGAAUAAAAGUAUUUGAAACAUAUUUUAAGAAAAUACGAUUGUGUAUGACAAGUUGGGCAAAAUUUAUUAUGGAUUGGACUCUGACAAAGAAACAGAGGACUUAUUUUUAGCGUUUAGUUAUCUUGCAAAUAUUCAUUUUAUCUCAAAAAUUGCUGAAAGAAUAGAAUAGAAUAGAAUAGAAUAGAAUAGAAUAGAAUAGAAUUUUAUUGGCCAAGUGUGAUUGGACACACAAGGAAUUUGUCUUGGUGCAUAUGCUCUCAGUGUACAUAAAAGAAAAGAUACGUUCAUCAAGGUACAACAUUUACAACACAAUUGAUGAUCAAUAUAUCAAUAUAAAUCAUAAGGAUUGCCAGCAACAAGUUACAGUCAUACAGUCAUAAGUGGAAAGAGAUUGGUGAUGGGAACUAUGAAACGAUUAAUAGUAGUGCAGAUUCAGUAAAUAGUCUAACAGUAAACAUUAGAUACUAUGUAAAAUGCAUGCUGGACAUUAAAAAAAUAGUCUGCACUGUCCUCCCGAGUUCUCAUUUUAUAUAUAUAGUUCUGCUUUAUUAUAAAUCAGGGAUUCCACUUGUGAAACAGAAUUAAAAAUCUCAUGGUUGUAUAAGAAUACUGUUCAUGGCAUAUGACGGAAUUGAAUCCAUUAUUGAUUGAAAUGUUUUUUUUAACUAUAAGAUAAUUUUUCAUAAUAUAAAGAUUAGGUUUGUUGUAAAAUGCAUGAAGACAUUGGAAUCUAAAGUUCUAAGUCAAUUCACCCGAAAUUUCAGACUACAAUAUAUCUUACUGGUAAUUUGCAAUAAAUUAGCAUUCAUGCUAUCCUUAUUAUUUUAUUAGCCUGCUUUUGAUUGGAAUUAUACACAGUUGUGACUUACAAAAAGCCUUCAUAAGCUUAUUUACUGGUUAUUUAAUUGACAGUUUUAUGGGCUUAUCUUUCUCCAAUGGUUAAAAGUGCCAUCAACUUCUUUAGGCUAGUAAUAGUGAGGGGAUUCAAUAUUAUUUAUUUAAUAUUUAGGAGGAAAUAUCAUUUUUUCUAGGCUAGAUUUUAUAAAAUAAUGAAUGCUGAAAUGGCCACUGUGGUCUCCCAAAUAGAGUUUAUUUUUACAUACAGGCAUUCAGAAUUUGGUUGUCUUGUAGUCACUAUUAAUUCAAGGGAAAAAGCGAAGUUUGUCCCUGAUAUUUUGCAAUAUUUGGGCAACUGCAGAAACAUUGCUAUAGUUUAACUAUAUGAAUUAGUUCCCACUCUUGUGUGAAGGGCUGCAACCUGUUACUGGUAGUGCUUGACUUACAACCAUAAUUGGGACUGUAACUUCCAUUGAUAAUGAUGCAGUCAUUAAAUGGGUUGGGCCUAAUUUUAUUACUUUUUUUACUGUAGUCAUUAAGCAAAUCACAUGGUCAUUAAGCAAAUAAAUCCAUCUCUCAUUGACCAUGCUUGUUGGAAGCCAGCUGGAAAAGACACAAAGGGCAAUUAUGUGUCUCUGGGACAUGGCAAUUGUUAUAAAUACAUGACAGGCUUUAGAGCAAUAUUUGUCUCCCUUUGUAAGAAUGGGGCAUAUAUAGAAUUUUGACAGCAUGUGGCUGUUUUCAGAAAAUGGCUGAAUAUGGUUUAUGAAAAGCAAAACCUCAAAAUUGGGACAUUCCUUGUGAGUGCUUUCGUAUUCCCUUCUUAAGAUCCACAUAUUAAUGAAUAAUGUUUAAUAAAAUAUAAAGAGAAUGUUAAAGUAGUUUAAGCAGAAACCAGUGUUUAAUCUAUCAUUAGGUUCAUGAUACAAAAAAGUGCUUAUAUUAAAUAGAAAAAAAUUAAUAUUAAGUAAAAUUUAAAUCAAGGCACAAACGUAUAUCCUGUUUCACCUAGUAUGAGGUUUUUACAGCUGCUAAUAGUUUUAAUUGAGAAUUUUCAGUAAGCGGAUUUUUAUCAGUGGUAUGCAAAGUCCAUCUGAUCAAGGCUUUCAAAAUGAUUUUUGAUGUAGCAGGAUAUCAAUUAUUACUUGAUAUAGAGUAAGAAACAUUGGUCUCUUUUUCUUUUUUUUUUCUUUUAUUAAAAAGUUUUACCACAGUUUUAACAAUUAAUUAUCCUCCUCCUCCCUCCACCUCCUCCCUCCCCCCCUUCACCCAACCCCCCUUCCCCCUCCCCGGCUUCUCAGAGCAAAUACAGGGUAUAGCAUUUACCAAUCAUAAGAUAAAAUACGCUAAUUAUUCAUAAACUCCCAUCCCUCCCCUAGAAUCAUAACUCCCUUAUUUCAUAUAAAAAAAGAUUUAAAAAAAGGAAAUACUGUAUACAAAUACAAUUAUAACUUUCUAGUCAUUCAUAUGCUAUUUGAUACUUUUUAGUCUGAUAUUUGUUUUGCGUAUAUUCUAUCCAUCUUUUCCAUUCCACUAUAUAUCUUUCUUGUGAAUAGUCUUUCAGGCAUUGGUCUCUUUUUCAAUGUCUCGGCAUGGGAAGAAGCUAAACAGCUAUAACAUUUCUGUUUGAAUAGGACUGGAGUAAAUUAUAAGCAAAGACAUUAUGAGGGGUUGAAGUAUAUAUGUAGAAUGAUCUAUAUGGACUCAAUAUGGUGAUUUUAAGCUUUUAUAAAAAUUGAAAUAUGCCAUUUUAAUUUAAGAAAAUGUGAUGAAAUUGGGUUAGUAAUGAUUGCAGUAUGGAGUAUGUUCUUGUUAAAUUUCAGGCAAUUCCUUUUUUCCUUCGUUUUGCACAAAGCAUUCCCAUUACAUAUUUCUUAAAAGACUAUUCUCUAAAUAGUCUGGAAUGAUUAUCAGAGUUUGAGGCUGAAUUAUAGUAUGAGAUUAAUUUACUGCCUUUGCCAUAAAUAAACCAGGCAAGGUCAACUAAUACAUUUUACACAUCAUUGUUGCGUAUAUAUUCAGGGUAGGACUAAGAGACAAUGCAGUGGAGCAGUGAUAAAACUAAAUCGCUUUCAAUGCCCAAGUGUUCUCUAUUCCCCUAAAGGAUGGGAAUCUAUUACAACGUUUCUGGAUAUCUUUUGUUCAUAUUUAUGAGUGAGUUUAUAAUCACAUGAUAGGAAAAUUUUUGUAAAUUCCUUUUCGUUUUGAAGUGGGCAUUCCUAAAAAAGAAUCUGAUAUAAAAUAAAUUUAUGUUGUGAAAUUUGUGAAUAGCUUGAUCUCUGAAAAUGACCAAUAAUAUAAAAAUAUAGUAAAAUUGCCCUAGAAAAUUAGAAGAAAACAUUAAAUUGAUUCCUCAAGUAAGAGAAGAGUAUUAUAAAAAGCAAUGGCUGGCUCACAAGGCUAUAAAUAUUUAAUUGCAACUUUGAAUGUUGCUGCUGCUUGACCUUUCAUUAUUACAAAUGCAUGUCAGUAUUCAGUGCUAUGUGCUGUUCAUUUUUCUUAUUUCUAUUUGCAUUUGGCCUGUAUCGUUACUUUGGUAUUAAAACAAUGUCGUAUUAAGGCAUAGGUUUGGGAACAGGGAACCCAGGUUCUCAUCAAUUUUAAACCACUGAGCCUCAUAGGGCUAUUUACUCUUCAUCAACCCAAUUUACCUCUGGGAGCUUUAAGCGUAACACCUUGAACUCCUGAAUAAAAAAUGGGAUAUAAAUAUAUGUGCUUUUUCUAUGUUCUAAUUGUCUUUCUUUUCUUUUUUUCCUGUGAGAAAGUUGGUGAAUUGAGACCAAUUUAAGGCAAAUUGUGCCCACUCCUGUGUGUGGUUAUAAAAGCAAUAAAAUUACGGCUCUUUACAUUGGAGUGAGAAUAUUAAGAUGAAAUAAUUUGAAACUAUUGUUUUGAUACAGUAUGCUGUAGUUGUCAUUUUUACUGCCUGUGUUCUAACUUGAUAUGUACAUUAUCUAAUGUAUAUAAACUUAAAUAAAUAUUUUUCUUCUAGUCACUCA